UUCCUGUCAGCCAGUCAGAUGUUGGCGGUACAUCACUAAAUGUCAAGUCAAGCUAAUGUCCGCCAAUAUCAAUAUCGUCGAUUUAUAACUUUACUCCAAGCAAGUCUAAAAUAUAAUUUUAUUUUCAUUGUGCUCAUUAACAGUGUUCAAGAUGAUUACUAUGGUUAGAAAUGUGGUGAUGCGUACGCAUAAUUUAAUAAACAAUUACCACACAUUUAACAUUUCUGUAAAGGUUAGGACAACUAUACGAUUUAACAGUACUGUUUCCGAUGCUCUUCGGGCUCAGCAGAGAGCUAGGCCUAAAAAAGAACACGGCCAGGUUUUCAAAUGGAUAUUAUUGAUGAUUCCAGUUGGCUCUUUCGGUUUAGGGUGUUGGCAAGUGUACCGACUUCAAUGGAAACUUGGACUUAUUGAAAUGAUGCAAUCUAAAACAAAUGCAACACCUGUACCCAUGCCCAGCGACUAUUCAAAACUGGACAAUAUGGAAUACAUGCCAGUAAAAGUCAAAGGGCAAUUUCUUCAUGAUAAAGAAAUCCUUAUUGGACCAAGAGCACUAAUUGAACCAGGGUCACCAUUCCCAAGAACAGGAUCCUUAGUGUCUGAUCCCAAACGCAAUCAAGGAUGGCUGGUAAUAACACCGUUUAAGCUGGCUGAAACAGGAGAAAUAAUAUUGAUUAACCGAGGCUGGGUUCACCAAAAUCUAAAAGCAAAAGAAAAACGAGAACCGUCUAUGCUGAAAGGAGAUGUUGAGAUAGUUGGUGUUGUUCGACUAACGGAAAAACGGGCACCAUUUAUGCCAAAGAACAAUCCAGAAAAGGGCUCAUGGUUUUGUAGAGACUUGGAACAAAUGAGUGAACACCUGGGCUGCGCUCCCGUUUGGCUGGAUGCUAGAGGUAUACCAGAUCCGCCAGAAGGUUGGCCUAUCCCAAACCAAACUAGAGUGACUUUAAGGAAUGAACAUCUUUCUUAUGUUGUGACUUGGUAUUCGUUAUCAUUAGUAACGGCAUUCAUGUGGCAUCGAAGUUUUAUUAGAAAAUUACCUUUACUGUAAAUAUUUCUUACUUUAAGUAAGUUAAAUGUAUUUUUCAGCAAUUAUUUUUGUUCUGUAGUCAGUCAGGUAAUGAAAAGUAAUCAUUAAAAGUUACUGUGUGUUACAGAAACUUUUAAUUAACACACAAAAGUAUCUCCACUGCCUUAUUGUUUUAUGUAUUAUUUAGUUAUUGCAACUAAAGGUGUUCCUACAUCACUAAUGAAAAAUAUUAACAAAAAAUAUAUGGAGUAAUCGUAGCUAAAGGAAAUUGACAGCAGUAUUAGGGUGCAAGCACAAAUAGAACCACUCAAUCAAUUCAAUCUGAAGUCCAACAACCAAAGGGCCUACAAGUUAUUGUUGAUGUUAUAAAAUAUAAAAACUGUAAUUUAACAUGGUGAGAUAAAAUGUAUAAUAAUAUUAUUUUCUAAUGUUUAGAUAUUAGUAAACAGAAGAAUCAAUAAAAUAUAAUUUAUUGUUA